ACUGAGCCUGCGUCCGAGAUCGCGCUGCAUUUGGCGUCAGAACGUGUGGCGAAGCGGUUGCCAGCUUACGACUUUGGUUGCUUGAAUGGCUUAAACGGUGGUGGUAGUGGCCAAAUCGUAAGAACUUUUCCAUUGCGAAUCAAACAGGAGCGCGCAACAACAAAAAAUAAAGUAUAGCGAGGAGCGUGGAGUGUUUUUUUUUUUUUAUUGUAGCAAUGAGUUGAAAAAGAAAUUGUGAACAAUUGAAAGCGAAAGCAAGUUACAAAGAGGAAAAAAAGCCUUCCCCUACAGUGGCUUUCAAACUGUGGCACAAUCGCUCGUACUGUUAUUAUUAGCGCGCUUAAUGAGGUGUGAUUUUUCCCAUACAAAUACAUAAAAAAAAAAUAAUAUACAAAAUGCCAUUGCCACAACUGAAAGUUUACACUUUGUUAUUUCUAGUUUUUUGUGCGUCGGUGAGUGCUAAGUUCUCCUAUGAGCGUGGCAACUGUGAAAUUUUGGUGACGAGUGCCAUACGCGAGAUUUUAAUGAAUGAAAUGCGCGCUCAACUGGAUCCUUCGUGGCGCGAGUGGCGUAACAAGCGACUGCGUUACGAUCUCUAUACGCCACUGAAUCCCUACAAGGCGCAAGUGUUGGUGCCAGGCGAUCGCGAUGUGCUACGAACUUCAUAUUUUAAUGCAAAGUGGCCGGUCAGACUCUCCAUCCACGGGUGGACCGGCAAGAGCACGUCCUGUUCGAACGCAGCCAUUAAGGACGCCUACCUCGAGGUGGGCAACUUUAAUGUAAUCCUACUCGAUUGGAGUACCAUUUCAAUGGACAUCAGCUACGGACGCAUUAGCCGCCAAUUAUCUGACAUAGCGAAGCAAUUGGUGGAAUUCACGCGUUUCUUACAUCGUGAAGCCGGCAUUGCCUACGAAUCCAUUUACAUGGUGGGUCAUAGCGCUGGAGCACACAUAGCUGGCUUAGCUGGCAAACUACUUAGCCCACAACGUUUUGGCGUCAUCUAUGCGCUCGACCCAGCCGGCCUGGUGCAGCUCUCACUGGGCGAAGACAAGCGCUUGGCACCAAACGAUGCCAUCUACACCGAAUCAAUACACACGGACAUCACGCUGCUGGGCAAUCCGAGCACGAAACUUACUCAUGCAGCAUUCUUCGUCAAUUGGGGUCUAGGACAGCCACACUGUCCAAAUGCAACGGCAGCAGAAUUUGAUUUCGCAUGCGAUCAUUUUGCGGCCUUGUAUUACUUUGUGGAAACGGUGCGACAACCACGCGCCUUCGGUGCAGCACAGUGCAGACGUCGCGGCGGCAGCAGCUAUAACAAUAAUAUUAGCAGCAGCGGCAGCAGCAGCAGUACCAGUGGUACACUGUGGGACCAAAUGGAGUGUGGCUGCACAAAUGGUGCAACAGCAGCAACAAUAGCGGCGGCAACGGCGGCAGGUGAAUGCACUGCGACAGCGUUCAUGGGCGGUGAACCAGCUGUGCCAAAAAACGGCACAUUCUAUCUGAGUACUCGUUCCAAGUCGCCACCAUUUGGUUUUGGCGAAACAGUGCGAAUCAGACGUGCAGCGCCUGCCAAAUUCUUGCACAGCAGCUUUUUGAAUAAUAAAUUUAUCAACAGCAUGUUGUCCAAGUGGCACAAAUGAGCGUAACUAGUGUGGUGUGUUAGAGUGGGCAAUUGUAAAGUGGUGGCGAGUGGUGUCUGAGGCGGCUAGCGGGCAGGCAGGCUAUUGGUAGUUAAGUGCAAGCGGCUAAAUAUUUCUUAUGAUGGUAUGUGUUCGGCGUAAGCGUUUGUAAGACAUUUGUAUUAUGUAAGCUUCUAGGAGAGUCAUAGGCGGGUAUGCCGCCAGAGUUAAGCGAGAUAACGAAGCGCAGCAAUAAAAUAUGUGAUUGCUCGCUAAUGGGCGACAGUGUGUUGGAAAUGUGUGCAAAA